AUGGCCCGCGGAAUCAAGAAGCACCAGAAGCGCCUCAGCGCCCCCUCGCACUGGCUGCUUGACAAGCUGUCCGGCACCUACGCUCCUAAGCCUUCUGCCGGUCCUCACAAGCUCCGCGACUGCAUGCCCCUGAUCGUGUUCAUCCGCAACCGUCUCAAGUAUGCUCUCAACUACCGUGAGACCAAGGCCAUCCUGAUGCAGCGACUGGUCAAGGUCGACGGCAAGGUCCGCACCGAUUCCACCUACCCCUCCGGCUUCAUGGACGUCAUCACCAUCGAGAAGACUGGCGAGAACUUCCGCCUUGUCUACGACACCAAGGGUCGAUUCACCGUCCACCGAAUCCAGAACGAGGAGGCCGAGUACAAGCUGGGCAAGGUCAAGCGUGUCCAGCUUGGUCGCGGUGGAAUCCCAUUCUUGGUCACGCACGAUGCACGAACGUGA